AUGUCAUUCGAUCCUGUCAUUCCCACUAUCGACUUGUCCUCCGACUCACCAGAGAAACAAGCUCAAAUUAUUAGAGAUGCUCUGGGAUCGGUAGGGUUCUUCGCCGUUCUCAACGGUGGACCAAAGGUGGAAGAUAUCGACGCGUUGUUCGAAUAUUCUAAAGACUUUUUCUCCUUGCCUAUGGAGGAGAAAGAGAAGUACCUCGCUGGACAAUCUGGAUCGGGAUAUACCAAGUUACUUUCUCAGGCUUUAGGAGAAGGUAAGAGGGAUCAUAAAGAAACAUUCUCAUAUGGUAAAUACUGUGGUAUCAAAGAACAAGCUAUGCCCUACCCUUUCUCUUCCUUGGAUGAAAUCGCACUGCAAACGAUAAGAAGGUUUUACAAGGAUUGCCAUGAAGUCAGUGAGAACUUGAUGGAGUUGUUCGCUCAGGCUUUAGAGUUACCAGAAGAUCAUUUCAAACAAUCUCAUUCAUUCGGUCUCAAUACGGCCAUGUCCUUAAUUCAUUAUCCUUCGUUGGACGUGGAGGGGGAAAACCAAUUGAGUGAGAAGGACAUAAGAGCAGGAGCUCAUCAAGAUUGGGGUACACUCACAUUGUUAUUCCAAUCUACCAAUCCUUCUUUGCCAGCUCAACCGGGAUUGGAAGUUCAUCUACCCAAAUCUGCUAUUCACAAGACCCAAGAUUUUACUCCUAAUCUGACCACUCAACCAAGAUCAAAUGACCCUAACUCUGCUUCAACCAAUUUAGAUUAUGCAAAUCACCGAUCUCACCUCAAUUCCGACGAGUACGAAUGGUAUCCUGCACCUGUACCUCCCCGAGGAGGGUUCCUGGUUAAUGUAGGUCUGGCAAUGGAAUAUUGGUCCAGUGGGAUUUAUAAAGCCACUGUCCAUCGUGUCGUAUUUCCAAAUUCACCAUCAUCCCACUCCAAACAAGAACAAGAGAAUGAAGCAGGACUGGUAGAUCGAUAUUCAUUAGCAUUUUUCGUUCAACCUGAUGACAAUGUCGAACUCAAUCCAAUCUUACCUGGAGGUAAAAUCGAUUAUACCAAAAAAGCAAUUACCUCUGGCGAAUUAUUCAAUACGAAGUUGAAAGAAAGUAUGGACAGGUCUAAGAGUAUCCCUAUUCCCGACAAACCAGAAUGA